GCCGCAGAGCGAGAGGCGGAGGCGUCGAAACUGUGCCAGGCUCAGGCGUUCGGCGGGGGCAGCCCGGCGGGGUCCUUGCUCGCGGCGCGGCGCGCGGGAGGCCGUGGCGCCGGCGGAGGCUGUGCACGGCCGUGGUGCCCACCGCCCCAUGAUUUUCUGCCGAUUCCUGGUGAAAAUGGCAACUAAUGAUGCUGUCCUGAAGAGGCUGGAGCAGAAGGGUGCUGAGGCAGAUCAGAUUAUUGAGUAUCUUAAGCAGCAAGUUUCUCUCCUUAAGGAGAAAGCAAUUUUACAAGCGACUUUGAGAGAAGAGAAGAAACUUCGUGUUGAAAAUGCUAAACUGAAGAAAGAAAUUGAAGAUUUGAAACAGGAGCUGAUUCAGGCAGAAAUUCAGAACGGAGUGAAACAAAUACCAUUUCCAUCUGGUACUCCACUGCAAACUAAUGGUACGGUUUCUGGCAAGGUGAUUCAGUCUGUCUCAGUGACACCCGUGCCAUCUGGUCCUAAAGAACAGAUAAAGGAAGGGGGAAGAGGAGAAGAAAAAAAGGUGAAAGAGAAAACCGAAAAGAAAGGAGAGAAAAAGGAAAAAAAACAGCAAGCAGUAGCAGGAAAUGCUGACUCUAAGCCAGUAGAUGUUUCCCGUCUGGAUCUUCGGAUUGGCUGUAUCGUCACUGCCAAGAAACACCCUGAUGCAGAUUCUCUGUAUGUAGAAGAAGUGGAUGUUGGAGAAGCGGCCCCGAGGACAGUGGUCAGUGGUCUGGUGAAUCACGUGCCUCUUGAACAGAUGCAAAAUCGGAUGGUGGUUUUACUCUGUAACCUCAAACCUGCGAAAAUGCGGGGAGUGCUGUCGCAGGCCAUGGUGAUGUGCGCCAGCUCACCAGAGAAGGUCGAGAUCUUGGCUCCUCCUAGUGGCUCUGUCCCCGGAGACAGGAUCACUUUUGAUGCUUUCCCUGGAGAACCUGACAAGGAGCUCAAUCCCAAGAAGAAGAUUUGGGAGCAGAUCCAGCCUGACCUUCACACGAAUGCCGAGUGUGUGGCCACUUACAAAGGAGCCCCCUUCGAGGUGAAGGGGAAGGGCGUGUGCCGAGCUCAGACUAUGGCCAACAGCGGGAUCAAGUAAAUGCUUCAGCUACUGAGGCAAUAACAAUAAAGAGACACUUCCUUGUCACUCAUUAACCUGAAACAUAACUGGCUCGUUUUGUGUUAUUUCUCUCCUAGCCUUGAACUGCUGCCAAGUAUGUAUUAUUUUCUAUUGACUGGAGAAACACGACCGUUUUACUUUUGGAAUCUUUUAUCACAUAGGGACAAAAUUUCCUGUUUUGUGGUGAUUUGUUUUUAAGCAGGAGUACAGGUUAAUGAAUCAAUUUUUCAUUUUUAUUAUUAGAUAACUUGAACCAGUUUAAUAUUUAGUUUCUUUAUUUACAUUUAGAGAAAGCAAUGCAUGGAAUUUAAGUCCUUUGAUUUUUCUAUAGUGUAAAUCUGUAUUAUAAAUACCAACUCAUCUUUAAAAAGGACGGUUUAGAGUUCUGUCAGGCUUAAAAACUACUCUUAAUAAUACUGAUAUGACCAAGUGUGGGGCCUAGAGACCCAGAGAUAACGUAAAAGCUAGGAGACUUCUGAACUUUACUGUUGUUGCUGCCAAACUAAUCCAGACAUUAUAUAUACUUAAUAUUACUAUAUACCGUAUGCUGUAUACUUAAUAUUACUGUAUACUUAAUAGUACUUUUUUAGGAGACUGAAAUUUCCAACUGUAUUGAACUUUUUCUUUACACACUGCAAAGUAAUUCGUCAUACUGACUAACUCUGAAACACCUCGCACAGUGUUGCUAAUGUAUUCCUAAUGAAUUGGUAGUAAAAGCAGCAAUGCUUCUUUUUAUAACUAACUUAUAAAGAGUCUCUGGGCACUUAACUAAAUUAUUACCUUUAGUGAAACAUUUAGGAUAAGAAUUUUAUUUGUUAAUGAGUCCUUAUGUGUCAGUCUACUGAAAGUGAAAGAAAUUAUAUUCAGAAAGCAACAUACAUGUAUAUUAAGAUGUUAAAUGCCUGUUUCACUCAUGUUCCAGAUGUUAUAGUAAUGAUGAAAAUUAAUUUAGGAAUUUACUAUUUCAAGUUCACCAGCCUUGAAAAUGAUAACUAAUGAUUUGAAAUGCAGCUCUUGAGGUAGGACUGUAGAUCUUGUUUCAAAGAAAAGUCAUACAGAGUUCUAGUUCUGUAGCUGUUUCAUAGCUCCUAAUAAGAAGGAAAGGCUUUUUUUUUUUUUAAUCAUGUGUGCAGAUUUCAUAAAAGAUGUGACUUUUUUUUUUAUGAAAGACAUUUUAAAGUUAUUGGAGUCAAUGGAAUGUUGGUAGGCCACAGCUUGGUACCACCAUAAAAAUUUCAUCUUUUCUAAAAAGCAAAACAAAACAAAAAAAAUACACUUAAUAUUAACAGAGCAGUUUUAACAUCUGUUGAUGACUAAAUUCAAAAUGAAUUUCAAUAAUUAUUUUGUACUUGAGAUAUGCUAUUCUCUUAGGAAUAAAGACUCGGACAGUCUUUUACAAUUGUUUAUUUUCUCAUGUUUCCCAAUUAGAUUAUCUUAUAUAAUUCUGAUAUUUAGAAGAAUAUUUCUACUACUGACAUGACUGAAAUAUAUAUUUUACUCUAUGCCAGGUCAAAUUAUCUAACAGACCUUAUAGAUAAAUUUAAGUUUAUAUUACACUUAGGACCUGGGAACAAAACAAAGUUUAAUAUUUUUGUAAAAGCCCAAGGUGUCGUGUAGCAUUGGCAUGGAGCUGAUUUACCCACCGGUGACUAAAAUUCAUGAAGUUUUAUCAUGAAGGGGUAUUCACUACAAAUUUUUGAAAUUCCUCCUCACUUUCUCUAAAUUACAUAUCAGUUUUUCUAAUGAAGCACGCUCUAGUCCCUAGAUCUUGGCAUUUAAAUAGUCUAGAGCAAGACUGCUCUAGAGAGAAGGAUAUUGGGAGUUUAUAAGAAACCAGAUUUUCAGUUUAUAGAAAGGCGUCAAUCAGUUUUAUCCCAUUUAGUCUUUUUUUUUUUCAACAUAAAACUUUACUUUUUAAUUUGUAUCGCUGAGAUGAAAGAGCUCUCACGGAUUAUGAAAGAAAAUGUCUGUUAGUGAACUGGACAUAACCCUUCUUGCUCUGUCUGGUAUCCAACCGGAUUUCAACAGUAGCAGAUGGUUUUAGGUGACGCAGCUAAACAGCUGGUGCCUCUUGACAUCUGUUUAUGUAUUUGCAAACUAAAUUGGGGAGAAAACUGACCCUCCCUUAAGAGACUUUCUUAUGCAAUGUGGGUCCACUGUCUUCAAGUGAAUAUUGGGAAUGCUAGCUUUCCUUGUACAUAGAAGUGCCUUGUGGAUUAUGCUUUUGAGAUGAGUCAUUUUUAGGACAUGUUGAUUUUAAUAUGAAGUUGGAAAGGUUUCUUUGUGUUGUUCCCAUCAUUAAGUAUAUGGGUACAAGAAAGUUAAUUGUCCAACAAGAAAACCUUUUUGUUUUUAUUAAAAAUAUGUAGACAUUCAUUUAGACAAUUUACAAAUAUUCCAAAAUAGCUCAUCGAAGUAUAACCAGAAGGACGUAGUGAUGUAGAUGUUGUAGAUAGGGGAAAGCCAUUCACCAUCAGGGUCCUCACAGAGAGCAGCAUGAGUGAGCUUACCUGGCCCAGAAUCUGCCUUUGAUGGCAGCUUCCAGGACCUGUGUCUGAAGAGGACCCUCAGAGAUGCUAAGAAACUCAUAGAACUUGAUGGGUUCUGAACUAGAUGAUUACAUAUGUUUCCUGACCCUUUAGUGCCUGUGUGACUGUAGGCAACUGUUAGUUUCUGCACUGAACAGCCCCUAGGCCCUGGCUGAGUGAUUCCUGAGCAUUGUCAAGUGUGGUUCAGUGCCAUCCCCACGGGGCAUGGCUGUGCCACCUCAAUCUCCCAGGGGAAUUUUAUGUUGCAUCUUUUACAGAUAUAAAUAUAUCUAAAGUACAUAAUACUAGCUAUGUACUUUCGCUCCAGCAGGUAGAAUAAGUCCUGCUUCCAAGCCCUGCACAGGCAUGUAAGAAUUAAAACUUUGCCUUCGUGUGUGUGUCAGUGUGUGUGUGGUGCCUGUGAUGACCCCUAGGUCUCGCUCAGACCAGGCGCACAUUGGCCCAUUGAGCCACCUCACUGGCAAAAGCUAAAAUUUGGUCAAGAGACAAAACAAAAUCUAGGUUGGCCGGUCAUUAUUACUCAGGGAGUAGAAAGACAACAGAUUAGAUGCAGUGCUUGCCUCCCACCUGGGGAUUUGAUUCCUGGUACCACAGAUGGUCCCCCGAGCCCUGCCCAGAGUGACUCUCAGUAGAGAGCCAAGAGUAAACCCUGAGUACCACCAGGUGUGGCACCCAAACAAGUUAAACCACUACAUUAAAAAUUAUUUUGUAAGUUGCCGUCUUGUGGAGAAAGCCUUGCUCUCUGCAAAAUUUUACUUAAUGAUUCACUGUUGCCUUCCAGCACAAAGGGGUCUCUGUGAAUAAUAGUGUCUAUUGUCAUGGAUUUAUUGAAUCACCAUGAAUUGUUAUUAAGAUAUGUCAAUUUCCUUUAAAUUUCCUCUUUAAGGGUAGUCAUUUUACCCCCACCCCCUGCCCCAAAGAAUUACAGAAAAAGGCCUGUGGUAUGGCAUCAUUAUCUUCUGACUCUUGGUAAUUCUGUGCACUUUCCUAGGUAACCGACUUAAUCUCAUGACAGUCUCGUGGUUUCUUUUAUUUAAAUGAACGGGUUAACUUGUUCAAACCGUAGGGAAAAAGUGUACUAAAUUUAAAAAAAAAAAAAAAACCUCAGCUCUGGCAGUUCACAUGGGAGAUGUAGGUGACUCAUUUAGUGAAGCGUUUGAGAGGUUCUAUUGUUGAGAUCGUUAAGAACUUCUGUGGAGUGGUUCUGGAGAGGAGAGAAUGUGUUUUUGCUGUGCAAGAGUUCAUAGACGAAUUCCCUUGGCAGAAACCGGCUGCUGCUCUUGGCGGCGCUGCCUUUCCACAGAGCCAUGCACCUUGACUCUCAGUCCUUGGUGGUGGUAGUUGUGGUGCAUCCCAAAGCUUUCCUGUGGAGCAUGCUGCAAAGCUCAGGGUACACGAUGCUGCAUUAUUGAUAACUCAGUAAUUUAAGCCAGAAACAGCUUUUCGUAGGUAUACCCUGUUUGGAAUGCUAAUUGCAAAAUUAGCCCAAUUUUUAAAGUAACGGUGAACAGAUAGUUGCUGAUGUCUAUCAUGCCUGUGUAAAAAGUUGUACAAAAUUGUUGGAAUGGAAGUUGGCAAAUGGCUUACACAUUCUUACUGCACUUUUUAUAGUUAUAAUUUUUCCUUUGGAUAAAUCUUGGCAGUGAUAAUUCAUAGGAGUAUAACUCAGAAGAAACUUGGAGAUAGGGCCCAGAACAGUGAAAUAAUUGUUGGUUUGAAAGUGAGCCACCUGGAAUUUCAGAGUGUGAAUUAAUUAUUGCAUAUAUUUUUUCACUCUUACGUAUUCCCUUGUUUGCUAUUUUUCUUUCUCUUCCCCUAUUCUUACCCUCCCCUAACGCGGAGUACUCCUAGUUCCCUUGGUUUUUGAGUAAAAUAUGUAUGCUA